AUGGAUUAAAAUUCAAUUGAAUAGAUAUUCCAGUAAAAAUUGGAAGAUCUUUAAAUAGAAAAUCAUCCAACUUAACUUUUGGAAGGUUUAAAAUUAUUACUAAAAUUAUUUGAUAACAUUGGCUAAAAUCCAUUAGAAUAAAAAUACAGAAAUAUAAAAGCCACUAACACAAAGAUAAAAAAUCUGAUUUUGGAUCAAAAACUAAAACCUGUAAAGAUCUUGGAAUCGGAAAAUAAUAAAGAGGGUGAGGUUGAGCCUUACUGGGGACAAAUUAUUUAAUAUUGA